CCUUCGGCACCACCGCCACUGCCCGCACCCGGCUGGGCUAUUAGCAAAAGAUGGUGGAUCGCUUGGCCAACAGUGAAGCAAAUACUAGACGUAUAGGUAUAGUGGAAAAUUGUUUUGGAGCAGCUGGUCAACCCUUAACUAUACCUGGACGAGUUCUUAUUGGAGAAGGAGUCUUGACUAAGUUGUGCAGAAAGAAGCCCAAAGCAAGGCAGUUUUUCUUAUUUAAUGAUAUUCUUGUAUAUGGCAAUAUUGUCAUCCAGAAGAAAAAAUACAACAAACAACAUAUUAUUCCCCUGGAAAAUGUUACUAUCGAUUCCAUCAAAGAUGAGGGAGAUCUAAGGAAUGGAUGGCUUAUUAAGACACCAACUAAAUCAUUUGCAGUUUAUGCUGCCACUGCCACUGAAAAAUCAGAAUGGAUGAAUCAUAUAAAUAAAUGUGUUACUGAUUUACUCUCCAAAAGUGGGAAGACACCCGUUAAUGAACAUGCUGCUGUCUGGGUUCCUGAUUCUGAGGCAACUGUUUGUAUGCGUUGUCAGAAAGCAAAAUUCACACCUGUUAAUCGUCGUCACCAUUGCCGAAAAUGUGGUUAUGUUGUUUGUGGGCCCUGUUCUGAAAAGAGAUUUCUUCUUCCUAGCCAGUCCUCUAAGCCUGUACGGAUUUGUGACUUCUGCUAUGACCUGCUUUCCACUGGGGACAUGGCCACGUGCCAGCCUGGCAGAUCAGACUCUUAUAGUCAGUCGUUGAAGUCUUCUUUAAACAAUGUAUCUGAUGAUGAGGAUGAUGAUAGCAGUGACUAAGGACACAUUUUGAAAUAUUUAAUCAGGUGUGACUGAGAAAUCAGCUCUGGGGGAAAUGGAAAUUCUUAGUGCUCUCUCACUUUCUCUCUAGCCAUGACUUUGCCUGAGAAAGUUUGUGCCUAUGUGCCUCAAUAUAGUCUGUAGGAAGUAGGUCUGCCUUCCUUCUCCCCCUCCCCACAUUCUCCUGCAGGGAUAGACUGUUGCAAAUGUAUCAGAUGAAGUUUUGGUUUCUUAUUCUUGUUUAUUUCCAGAUUAUUUUCUUGGAGGGUUGGGGAAAAUGUAUUUAAUAGAUUCCGUACCACAUUGUUAUUUUUGUUUUAGUUAUAUGGAAAAACUAAAAGCCCAGAAUGAUGGGAACAGGAGUAUAAUAUGAUUAAAAUAAUAAUAUUAACUUUUUUCUAAUCAUCCUAAUGAUUACAGUGCCAGUGACAAAAAUACUGUACAUGACUUGGAAAUACUUUUUUUACUUUAUACCAACCAAGUGGUGCCUUACUGUAAUAGCACUGUUACAUGAAAUAUAAGCCCUUACUGUCUCACUUUUUGGUUUAAAAAAACACAUUGGUGCUCUUUGAAGUAAUAAAAUGAGUGUUUAUGAAUGAGUAUAAUUAGGAACACUUCUCAUCUGACAGCUAUAAAUCACUAAAUUUAGAAGGUAUCUUCAUUCUAUAUGAAUAAGUAUUUUUCCAUAAAAUAGUUGUGAUUAUAUUUUUAUGUUUUAUAGGUACCAAAUUAUAAUUGUCAAAUGUAUAUUUUAAAUUAUAAGAGGUUACCAUUCUUCAGAAUUUGAAGAUUAUCAAUUAUACAGAAUUGCCAUAUUGCAUUAGCUUCUGCUUUCAACAAGGUUUUUUAGAUACGAAUUCUUCUGCUUUAUUUCUAGAAUGAAAAAUCUUGUAAGACCCUUGAAAAUAAACAAUCUCUUAAAAAUUCCAUGAUAAGAGUACUGCUCUACUUAGUCUUGAGGAUUUGGAAGAAAUAAUAUAUAAGAAUGAUCAAAGCAGACCACUUUAAAUUUGGCUAGACUUCAUAUCUGUGGAAAUGUUGUCUAUUUCAGUAUGAAACUAUCUUGAAUUUACAAAGUGUUAUAUUUUAUAAAAGUUUUGUAAAGACCCAAUUUCUAUUUUUGUAAAACAAUUGUAUGUUUUAUGUGUUUCUGAAAUCAUUUUGCAAUCUGUGGAAAUAGACUAGCAUUUGAUACUUUUAAAUCAGUCUAGAUUGCUUUUGAGAAGUAAUUUUCACUUUUUGCUUCUGAGGCAGCCAUUAGGUUGCAAGUGUUUAUCAUAUAAAACUUGAUGCAUUUUGCACUACUCAUUUCAUUUGUAUGCUGCAAAUAACUACAGUCUUUCAAAUAUGGGAAAUCGGUUUAAAAUUUAAAGUUCUACAUUUUUUUAACUUCUAAAUUAAAAAUCUGAUUAUUCUGCAGAUGUCAUGAGGUUUGAUCCAGUAACAUGGUGGAAAUUCUUUGGUAUCUAACUGUUUGGCUAAGGCACUAAUUUUACUUGAUUGUUAAAUUUUGAAAGCACCUGAAGUAUUCAGAUCUCCCUGUGAGAAAUGUGAAAGAAAAGCACAACAGGAAUUAAGGGUUAUUUUUUUUUUUUUUUUGUGGUUGUUGCUGUUUGUUUUUGGUUGGUCUUAAUAGCAGAUGGAUUUUUGUUUCUAAGCAAUAUGUACAUAUAAUCAGUCAGUAUAUCUGAAAAGGACCAUUAAAACCUGAGAAUGCGAAUGGAGACGCUGGUACAGAGUAACCUAGUAAAUUCAGAAUCAAGGGAAAUGUUCUGAGAUAACAUGUGGAUUGUCAAUCUCUCUUGACUCUUUAUAAUAAAAAAUAUUUUGCAACUUC